AUGCACACGCACGACCCACCGACGGCAAAGGCUUCGGCGCUCGGCCUCGCCUGGCGUCGACUUCAGCUUGGCCUCACGGCGGCUGGCUGCGGUUUCGGCUCGUAUGAAGAGGUGGCGGCGGCGCUGAAGGAGAACGCCGAUGUAUGGGACGAGUAUGUUUCGCUUGUCGGCGUUGAUCUUCCGGCGAGCAAGUGCCUCACGGCGGCGCUGGAGAUCAUGCACGCUGCGCUGGCGACGGAACCGCUGGCGGCGCUGGUGGCCGAGGCAUGCGGGCGCGAUGGCAGUGAGCCGUUUGCCGGCUGGGAGCCGGUCAUUCGCGCUACGGGCUCCGAGACCAAGUGGACGCUCUCGAUGCCGCUGCCCGAGGCGCUGACUGAUGCGCUGCACAACUCGGUGUGGGUGCCCAAGCGGCGCAAGCGCAAGGAUCGGUUCGUGCCGACCAAGUCGCUGGCGGUGGCCAUCAACGUCGAGCACGUGACCAAGCUGGCGGCGCGGUACACAGGCCCGCGGCCGGCCGAGGGCGAUGUCGACGUCGAGCUCCUCUUCCUCCUCCUCUUCCAGUACAAUGCGCUCGAGGGCGGCGGGUUCCAGGCUGCGCUCCCGGAUCCGGUCUUUGAUCUCCUUGCUGCGGCGCCGUUCCACGCCGACACCGAGGCCUUUGCCUCGCCGCUCAACGUCACGCUCCCGCGAUACCACUCUGCACUCCCGGCCAUCGAUGCGGCCUUUGGCUCGUCGGGCUCGUUCUUUGACGCCAUGCCCGAUGCAGGCGUUGUGGAGGCCAAUCCACCGUUUACCGAGCCGUUCAUCACCCGCAUGCUCGCACACAUGCACAAGUGCCUUGCUGCAGCCUCUGGCCCGCUCACCUUUGUCGUCAUCGUUCCGGCCUGGCGUCAGUCGCCGGCCUGGCUCGCGCUCACCACCUCGCCGCACGCCUCGCGGACCGCGGUGCUCCCUGCCGCUGAGCACGCAUACUGCGAGGGCAAGCAGCAUCUGCGCAAGACCCGCUUCCGACUCGCCUCUAACGACACCUCGAUUGUCUUUUUGCAGAACGAACUCGCCGCCGCCUCGCUUACCAUCACCGACGCCCAUGUCGAGGCCAUCGCCGCAGCCUUUGCCGCUCCGCUCGAAACCAGCCGCACCGCCCACGCCACCGGCGCCGACUCGCGCGCCUUUCGCGCCAAUCGCGCCCAGGAGCGCAAGGACGCUCUUUCCUCGCACGUCCGCUCCGCCGUCGCCACUUCGAACUGGGCCUCGCUGUCCAAGUCGAUGAAGGGCAAGGGCAAGGGCAAGGGCAAGGGUAAGGGCAAGGACAAGGAUAAGGGCAAGAGCAAGGAUAAGGGCAAGAGCAAGGAUAAGGGCAAGAGCAAGGAUAAGGGCAAGAGCAAGGAUAAGGGCAAGAGCAAGGAUAAGAGCAAGAGCAAGAGCAAGAGCAAGAGCAAGAGCAUGGACAAUGACAAGGAUCGCAAGCGCCGCCGCCAUGGUGACGAUGUCGAUCACGCCUCCUCCCGCCAGUCCAAGCGCAGCAAACGCUCGUAG